GUACCAAAAAAAAAACAGGUAACCCUACUCUUUAUAAUUUUGUUCUCUGGGUAUUGUGGCAUCAAUCGCAACAAAACACUUUGCAGCAGCUAAUCGAAAUUCAAAAUCGAAAGAGAGAUUCGGAGUGUAUAUAGCGGUUCACUAUUUAAGCCUUCAAAUUGGGAAUUGGUUGUUGGCUGCAGAGGUUUCCCUUUCUUUUUCUGCGUAAGUAUAUAUGUAUAUGUGUGUGUAGGAGCUUAGAAGGUAAUUAACAAUGGGGGAUGGUAACAGCAACAACAACAACAAUAGGGGCAUUUCAGGGAAUAACAAUAGCAGUAGCAAUAGCAAUAGCAGUGGUAGUAGUCGGCCUGAAUGGCUGCAACAGUACGAUCUUAUUGGGAAGAUCGGAGAGGGAACAUAUGGUCUGGUAUUUCUAGCGAAGAUCAAAUCCAAUCGGAGCAAAUCCAUCGCUAUCAAGAAAUUCAAGCAAUCCAAGGACGGCGACGGCGUCUCCCCCACUGCCAUCCGCGAAAUUAUGUUGCUUCGGGAGAUAAACCAUGAAAAUGUGGUGAAGCUUGUGAAUGGGCACAUCAAUCACGUCGAUAUGUCGCUCUAUUUGGCUUUUGAUUAUGCUGAGCAUGACCUUUAUGAAAUCAUUAGACAUCACAGGGACAAGGUUAACCAACCCAUCAAUCUGUACACUGUCAAGUCAUUGCUAUGGCAGUUGCUUAAUGGGCUGAACUACCUCCACAGUAACUGGAUCAUACAUCGAGAUCUUAAGCCAUCAAAUAUCUUGGUCAUGGGUGAGGGAGAAGAGCAAGGAGUCAUUAAAAUUGCUGAUUUUGGACUUGCAAGAAUUUACCAAGCUCCCUUGAAGUCAUUAUCGGAAAAUGGGGUUGUGGUGACGAUUUGGUAUCGUGCGCCUGAAUUACUUCUUGGGGCAAAGCACUACACUAGUGCUGUUGACAUGUGGGCUGUUGGAUGCAUUUUUGCUGAGCUUCUGACUCUGAAGCCACUCUUUCAAGGGCAAGAAGUAAAAGCCACACCAAACCCUUUUCAGCUUGAUCAACUUGACAAAAUAUUUAAGGUCUUAGGGCACCCCACUCAAGAAAAGUGGCCAACACUUGUGAAUCUUCCACAUUGGCAAUCGGAUAUGCAACACAUUCAAGGGCAUAAAUAUGACAAUCCUGGACUUUACAGUGUUGUUCAUCUCUCUCCUAAAAAUCCUGCAUAUGAUCUCCUCUCAAAGAUGUUGGAAUAUGAUCCUCGAAAGCGCAUAACAGCGGCACAAGCUCUUGACCAUGAGUACUUUCGGCUUGAACCACUUCCAGGACGCAAUGCACUCGUACCUUCCCAACCUGGAGAGAAAGUUGUAAAUUAUCCUACUCGACCGGUUGAUACGACGACGGAUUUUGAAGGAACGACUAGUCUUCAAUCUUCGCAGCCGGUAUCAUCUGGGAAUGCAGUUUCCGGGAGCAUGGCAGCCCAUGCAGUGCCAAAUAGAGCUGUACCUCGGCCAAUGCCAGUGGUUGGCAUGCCAAGGUUGCAACCUCAGGGCAUGGUGGCUGCUUAUAAUCUGACUGCCCAGGCUGGGAUGGGUGGUAUGAAUCCUGGCAGCAUCCCGAUGCAGCGGGGUGUCGCUGCACAGGUUCAUCAGCAGCAGCAGAUGAGAAGGAAAGACCCAGGAAUGGGGAUGCCUGGAUACCCUCCUCAACAGAAGUCGAGACGCUUUUGAGGUCCGAUGGACAGUGCACUUUUGUUAUGCAAGUAUGGGAUUUUCAGUGCAAUUAUAAAGGCUCUAUUGAGAGACAUUGGAAACUCUUCUGCAGCAUCUUCAUCCAUGAUUGUUGAUUGCUCAUAAAAGCAGUACAAUCAAUCAAAAUUUAAAUGUAAGUAUUAGAAAC